GUAAGGGGCGGGGCUUCAACUCAAAUCACUCACCGCUCGUGACUCCGAAGGCAUGUAGUCUGACUGUCUGACGCUUCUGUGAUCCGUGAAACGGUUGGAGUGUGUGGAAACAAACUGCUGCAGUUCGUUAACAAGGAGAGCUUUUAAUUUUACAGCUUGUUCGUUAGGCUGUACUACAGACGUGUUUAGCCCUUGUUCGAUUAGAGAGCAUCUUCCCCGAGUUAACCGGACCGAGAGCUACUCUUUGAUGUAUUCACCGUGAGCCUCUCUAUUAUGUGUGUAUGACGGUUAAUUUAACAGUAUUUUACACUCGUAUCGAAUGAGCUAGCCGCUAAUAAAAUGUCUGAGAAGAUGUCAGAGAAGCGAUACUCCAGCAUGGACGAGUCCUCGCUCCGCAAUCUGUUACAAAGCACCAGUGAAUAUGAAGAGAGAAAACUCAUUCGGGCAGCCAUUCGCCGGCUCAGAGAUGAGGAGAUACAAGGAGCAUUAGAGAAGGUUCAGACUGCUGGCCAAAGAACAGAGCGACGACAAAAUCCUCAAAGCAGCUUUGACCUACAGGACGGUCAAGAGAAAAUCAAGGCAGAAGCACUCAUCAGCCAAUCAGAGAGAAUUGAGAACCAUAGAGAAGCCUCGAAUCCUGACAUGGUUUUAGUACUAGAUCCUUUGGUCAGAGAGAAAGUCUCUUGCCCUCUGACCCAGCGGAUUCAAUGCGAUCAUGGCUCACCGUCUUCAGAAGUCAUUCCUUCAUACCGAGAGCGUUCAGACUCCGGAGAAUCGAAUGAUAGCAGCUCCCAUCAGAGAAAGAGGCUGAACUCCAGCGCCUCAGACUGUAGUCACGACUCCCUGUCCACUGCUGAACCUCCUCUGAGGGACCAAAGCUCACAUUCAGGGCCAGCUGGAGAGGAAGUCAUGGCAGCUAUGAAUUCAGAGGCUCUGCAGAUGGAUCGAGACCUGAAGAUACCUGACAACGGCGUGGAGACGACUCACUUUCAGAGCGGAGCAGGUUCACUAGCAUGCACACUGAAUGAGACCAGUACAAGAGCUGAAGACAUCUCAGGACAGAAGAUCACAUCAGGUAGAGAUGCUCUGUUGACUUCUCUUGCUAAUGGCAAGGAUACAGAUUUUAAAAACCAAGCCUCAUUCUCCGGGCCCAUCAUUCGUGCAAACUCUGUUCGUGACAGGAUGCGCAAGUUCACCGAACCUGUUACGAGUGCACCUAAAAUCAGCCACAGUUCUUCUCAUUCUACAAACACAGUGUCUGCUGAGAGGUCCUGGGACACCUCGUCCUGUUCUUCCUCCAUCCCAAAGAAAGAGAGGAAUGUCACUGAGAACAUGUUGGCCCAGCCCAGGCUUUUCUCCAGCCAAUCACACGCCACAGUGGGUGGCUCACACGGCCGCACUGAAAAUGUCAGGCCUGCGUGUAGCGAUUCAGAAGAAGUGCAGACUCCUGAGGGAGAAGCAUAUUCAGGGACCCACGACACCCGGGGUGAACCCCAGUCCAACAUGAAGACCUUCCUGAGCAUUGAGAUUCAAGACGGACGAAACCCAACUUCACAUUCUUCGUUGUCAUCAUCCUCUACAGCCGUAAACAUGAGCCCUCGAAUCAUCACAUCUGCUGCUCCACAGAGAACAGAGCUGACGCUUGGUUUAAGAGCAGUGCCGUUCAAAGUGACCAGCUCAAGUCUCUCAUCAGGAUCCUCUGUUAAGAUGGAGACGGGUGAAUCUGUGAGCGAGGCGUCCCGUGAUGUCCCUGUGCUUCCUAACGGCUCAUCCAUGACCUCCAUCAAAAAUGAGGUGCAAAGUGAUAAACUGACCUCAGAGAAGCUUCAGGAGAUUGAGGACGAGGAGAUUCUGGACAAAAUGCUUGAUGAUUGCAAAGAUUUUGAAGAAAGAAAACUGAUCAGGACUGCAAUGAGAGAACUACGAAAGAAAAAGCGAGAGGCUAGGCUGGGAUGCACACAGGAGGAAAUAGACCAGAGAGAGAAGGAACGAGAUCUGCGUCUGCAGGAGCUCAGACAGCAGCGGGAGGAGAGAUCUCAGAAAGCCCGGGUGGGUGCAGACACCAGUGAAGUUGUGAUGAAGAAGAUCGAGCGCUCUGCAGACGGCUCCACUAUCAGUCACGUCACCAAUCGCGUUUCCCAUUCAGAUGAUAAUGGCAGGACGUCCCGCAGCACUAUCAUGGAAUCCAGCUAUGUUCAAAAGACAGACAAAGGCACAGUGCAAACAAAAUCCUACAGUUACUCCAGCACCACGUCCACUAGGAAGGUUGGCAGUGUUUUUGACCGUGAGGACAACACGUCUCGUAGCUCCAGCAGAACCUCAGCUCUUGAGCGCAGACAGGUGGAGAGAUCAGAACUGAUGAGGGCUCAGACGUUACCCAAAACAUCUGCAGCACAGGCACGAAAAGCCAUGAUCGAGAAGCUCGGGAUCACUGGAGGCUCUGGAGGCAACUCCGCCAUUACUCAAGUAAACAAGGUGCAGCGCUCCACAAGCUUUGGUGUCCCAAAUGCGAACUCCAUCAAACAGAUGCUGCUGGACUGGUGCAGAUCGAAAACCCGUUCCUAUGAGAAUGUGGAUAUCCAGAACUUCUCCUCCAGCUGGAGUGAUGGCAUGGCGUUCUGUGCUCUGGUGCAUAACUUCUUUCCAGAGGCCUUCGAUUACGCCAGCCUCAGUCCCGCAAACCGCAGGCAGAACUUUGAAGUGGCCUUCAGCACAGCAGAGGCCCAUGCUAACUGCAUGCCCCUGCUGGAGGUGGAGGACAUGAUGAUCAUGGGUAAGAAACCAGACUCCAAGUGUGUGUUCACGUAUGUUCAGUCACUGGUGAACCAUCUGCGCAAGCAUGAGAUGAUGAUGGCACGGGCGCAGCAGACCUCUAACUUCUGAUGCUCAACACACUCUAACGACUCAUGUUUUUAACUUUUUUUUUUUUUUUAAUUCUGAUCCUGUUACAUUUUUAUUAAUGUUACUUACACUAGUUCGUUUAAACAAACAGUAGCCGGCCACAAAAAGGUAACCAAAAAAUGAAAAUUGCAAGUUAUAUUUAGUGUAACUCCCAAGAUGCCUCUCACUUGAUUUCAUGUGCUAAAAACGAAACAUGAUUUUAUGUUGAUUGCCCAUAUCUAUGGUUUUAAAAGCUUUUACGGUACUGUUGCUGUUAAUGGAGCUCAGACCUGCAUGCUUUCACAAGCUUACUUGAAGUUUUAGUUCUGUUUCAAAAAGAAAUGAAGGUUAUAUGUUCAUUUGUAUGCGAUAUUGUUUAUUUAAAAAUGUUGCAAAAAUAUUAAUCUCACUGCUUGUUAUGGCUUCAGCCGCUGAGUGCAAGAUGCAGCUCAUGAACUGUUUUUAAAUGUUUUUCACUUAAUUGAAAGUUUGGUUUUACACUGAAAACAGAGCAUUCGGUUAGUUUCUCUGCAGAUAUCAGACAUCUGCCUCGUUCUAAGCGAGAAUUGAACAUUUUGAAGUGAUAUAAAAUACAAAAACAUGCAUGUAAAGAUGCAUUUAUGAUCUGUCCUUAUUUAUGGAUGAGUAUAUUUUGGAUUUGUUGAUAUUGCUGAACUUCAUUUGGAAGCAGUGAAGUUUGUCCCAAAACAUAAGCUUAAAGGGUCUGAUUUUGUACAUCUUUAUAACACGGCUUUCGGCCAGAAACAGUGUAAUUUAAACAAUGUGUGUGUGUAUAUAUAUAAAUGAGUAACCCUAGUCUUGAGUCAAUUUGAGAAGAAGAAUAUUUUAGCAGUAAAUUCACCUGAAAAGAUGUCAAUGAUGUUUAUAUAUUUGGUUCUAAAGAUGGUUGUAGUUUUAAUUGUUUUAAUGUCUGCACAUAAUUUAAUUUUGAAGACGAAACCGCUACUGCAGCAGCCACGCCAGAGAGUGACUUUGCUUGGUACUUAAAGGUUGCAUGAGUAGAGUUCAUUAACAUUCAUUCACACUGAAAGAUAAACAUCAACAUUAUAAUGUUUGUACACACUCAUUCAAAAACUAUUGUUCACUCAGUAUUUUCCUACACCAUGGUUUGUAUAGUAAUCAUUAAAACCAUAAAUGACACCAAAAA